AUGGCACGAGAGUGCCUAGAAGAGUCCAUGAGAUUCAAGAAUGUAGAGGAGGCGAGACGCAUCAAGGUGGAUGUUUCCGGUGGUGGGUUGCGACGCUGGGGUGGGCCAGUGAGCGUGUACAUCGAGGGCGCGGAUUGGAAAGAUGGGCGCGGACCGAUUCCACAUCUGGCGACGUUCGCGUCGAGGUUCGCAGGGCGAUGGUCCCGCGUCAAGGAUCUGUGGAUCUACAACGCGGUGUGGCGGGCGCGGGAUCUCGAUCUGGACGCCGUCGUGCGCGAUCUGGCCGCCUUUGCGAUCACCGAACUCCACCUCUACGACGUCAUCCUCCCGUCGAUCCUGACGUUUGGCCGCCUGCUCUGCGCUCUCCCGCGCCUCAAAAGGCUCAUUCUCCAUCAUGUCCAAUUCACCCAGCAUCCCCUUAAUGCAAGCGCUUUCUCUCGCUUCCAUCUUCUGCCGCACAUGCAGCUGGAAACACUCGACCUCGACCAUGGGCGCGACGACUCAGAGCUGAGACCCUCCUUUGUUGAAUUGGUCGAACUCAUGGCUGCCGUCAGUAACAGGAGAUGCCUAGCCCCUCCCGCCAAUUUUGCGCAGGCGUCCCUAUGGAGAGCCGUUCGAAGAUUGAUACUCGGCUAUGUCACGUUUCCCUCGGUCACGACCUUUGUCCGCCUCCUGUGCGCCUUCCCUGCACUCGAAGACCUGCGAUUACACAAACCAUACGCGUUCGUGAAACACGGCUUUGAUCUCAGAAGUGUUCCUGUGCACCCUGGAUUACCAUCACAUCUAGCAGAUGUCGAGCUGACAUUCGACUUCCACUGUUACUCGGACUCUUGUUCUGUGAUUGACCUUGUCGACCUUUUCAUUGCCACCGGUCUCAGCGAAAACCUUCGACGCAUUACUAUCCAUAUGUCCUCGUCAUCCCGGAUAACAACAGUAUGCGACGCAGCCCUUAAUAGGCUCGUCAAGCAUUCACAAUCACUCCAGCAUCUUUCAUUCAUGCCACCCCUAUUGUUCAGUGUAUCUCCGGAGGCCAAUGAAUGGGUGCAUGUAGAUCACAGUGCAGCUCCAUACUUCGAUGUGUCUAGUGAUACGUGCCUUGAACGCCUUGAUCUCACAGUCGACGUCGAUCACGAGGAUAUAUCACAUCUGUGUGCUCGUGUGAUCGAGAUCCUGUCGCAGGUCACAUCCGCGCAUAUAGCAAGAAUUCAAAUUUUUUUCAGGCCUCUUUAUCACCCCGACGCAGAGCUCGACGUAGAUCUGGGACAGCUGAUGGAUGGGCUCCCACAGCUUGAUGCCGUCUUAUCUAGGCCGAUCUUCGAUAGUCUCACCGACGUUAUCAUAUUCAUUGGAACGCUGGAUAGAUGCAAUGCACGAGAUGAAGAUCUAGCACAGGACCUACGAUUGUGUUUGCAAACGGUCAACGCACGCGGUAUUCUAGGCUUUAUGUUGAAUAAUGUCAACUUAUCCAGGAGUGGACUGCACCAGGACAUGGAGACGGGUGAAUGGAGAUCUCAUAAGAUCGAGCGGGUUUCCGCACAGGAUGCUGGGGUAACCAAUGCAGGGGCUGGUGCCGACGACGACAGGCGUACCAAAAACGCUACCACCAUUACAAUCCCGCAUGACGACUCAGACGUGGUGUCUGGAACAUUGCAGCCCUUCUGGGUGCCAUCAGCCGUAUAUGCCGAUGCUCAGACACCUUCCUUGUUGAAUUAUACGGAUGCACAAGUACCCGCUGAAUUGGCGUGCGACGAUGACCUUGUACUGCAAAAUGCAACGGCCGGUUUGGGAGCGUCCGUGCACAAAUUUGCUCCGGACGAUCAUGGUACGUGUGCAAGUGAGUGCAUCCUCGCUCCGGCGAUUAACGAGGCCCUAGUAUGGGAGCUGUCUCUGCUGAUAUCGAUCAGGCCUUCUGAUAAAGCGGAAGCAGUAUCUCAACUGAGACGGUGCAUGUCUUGCGCGAAUCACUGCUGCUUUGCCGAGAGCAUUGUUGUAAGACCAGUAGGGGCGUUGACGGUGGCAUUGGGGGAUGUUGACAAAUUUCAAGAGAUGAAUGCAUACCUUGUCUCGACUGUGGCUCGCCAAACCACGGCAGACAUCCCAUUGAUACUGCGAUAUUCAGCUCUGCAUACCAUGGUGCGGCCGUUCCCGACUGAGAUAUGGUUAGACAUCUUCGAAGGCCUGGCCGAGGAAGGUGAGUACGACACGUUGGAACGAUGCAGGGUGGUGUGCAGGGAGUUCUUUCCGAUGGCGAGGGAGUGCCUAAGAGAGUCCAUGAGAUUCAAGAAUGUAGAGGAGGUGGAGCGCAUCAAGGUGGAUGUUUCCGAUGGUAGGUCACUGCGACGCUGGGGUGGGCCACAGAGGGUGUGCAUUUUGGGUGGAAACCAGGAAGAUGGGCGCCGGCCGAUUCCGCAUCUGGCGACGUUCGCAUCGAGGCUCGCAGGGAGAUGGCCCCGCGUCAAGGAGCUGUCGAUCACCGAUGCGGUGUGGCGGGCGCGGGAUCUUGAUCUGGAUGCCGUCGUGCGCGAUCUGGCCGCAUCUACGAUCACCAAGCUCCGCAUCAUCAACAUCAUCUUGCCAUCGAUCUUGACGUUUGGCCGCCUGCUCUGCGCUCUCCCACACCUCAAAAAGCUUACGCUCUGCGAUGUGCAAUUCAGUCAGCAUCCCCUUGUCGCAGGCUCUAUCUCUCGACUUCAUCUUUUGCCGCGCACGCAGCUGAAGACACUCUACCUCACCGAUGGGCGCGACGACUCAGAGCUGAGACCCUGCCUUGUCGAGUUGGUCGACCUCAUGGCUGCUGUGUCUCCUUGGAAUGCUGUUCGAAGUUUGACACUCGACCACGUCACGUUUCCCUCGGUCAUUACCUUUGCUCACCUCCUGUGCGCUCUCCCUGCACUCAAAAGCCUCAAACUAGAAGAUCUAUACGCAUUCGUGAAACACGGCUUCGACCUCACAAAUGUUCCUGUACUCCCUGGAUUACCAUCACAUCUAGCAGAUGUCCACCUGGGGAACAACUUACGUUCGGACACUUGUUCUGUGGCUGACCUUGUUGACUUCUUCAUUGCGACUGGUCUCAGCGAAAACCUUCGGCGCAUUACUGCCUGUCUGUCCUCGUCACCCCGGGUCACAACAGUGUGCGACGCAGCCCUUAACAGGCUCGUCAAACAUUCACAAUCACUCCGCCAUCUUUCAUUGCACCAAUCCUCAUUCGGGCAUGUUCCCCCAUACUUCGAUGUGUCUAGUAACACGUACCUCGAACGUCUUGAUCUCACGGUCGACGUCGAUCACGAACAUAUACCACAUUUGUGCGCUCCUGUGAUCGAGAUCCUGUCACAGGUCACAUCCGCACAUAUAUCAAGGAUUCAAGUCAAUUUCUGGCCCUGUUAUCUCCUUGGUGUAAAGUUCGACGUAGAUCUGGGAGAGCUGAUGGACGGCCUCCCACAGCUUGAUGUCAUGUUCUCUCGGCCGAUCUUCAAUAAUCUCACCGACGUUAUCAUACACAUUAGAACACUGGACGGACGGAAUGUACGAGAUAAAGAAUCAGCGCAUGGCCUACAAUUGUGUUUGCCAACGCUCAAUGCACGCGGUAUUCUAAGUAUGGGACUGGACUGGGACGAAGAGAUGGGUGAAUGGAGAUCUCAUAGGAUCGAGAGGGUCUCUGCACAGGAUGCUGUAGUAACCGAUGCAGGGGCUGGUGCCAACAACGACAGACGUACCAAAAACGCUACCACCGUUACAAUCCCGCAUGACGACUCAGACGUGGUGUCUGGAACGUCGCAGCCCGUCUGGGUUCCGCCAGUCGUGUAUGCCGAUGCUCAGACACCUUCCUCGUCGAAUUCAACGGAUGCACAAGUACCUGCUGAUUCGGCGUGCGACGAUGGACUUAUACUGCAAAAUGCAGCGGCCGGUUCGGUAUACCCGUGGAUAAAUUUGCGCCAGACAAUCACGCUCAUCCCGGAGCUGCUAGAUUUAACGACGUCCGGCUAG